AUGAGUUCUAGAAAUCAAGGUCAAAACUAUAGUCAUGGUCAACAAUCAUCACCAAAUCCUAGAACCACCUCGAAUCGAGUGAAUCGAGGUGAUGUACAAGUAGAGACAAUCAGAACUAGAACACCGAAUGGCUACCAACAAGUCACUAGAAGAGUAUCGAAUGACGGUACCUCACAGACAUUCACCAGUAGCUACAGUUAUAGCACUGGAACCACUCCGAUGACACCGUCAGUCGUUCAGAAUCCAACAAACUCUCCAACCACCGUCUCUGGAACCUAUCAAAGACAAGGAUCGUUCCUUGACAAUGGUCAAGGUGUCGGUGGUUUCGCCAGUGAUUGGAGUCAUCCUGCGUUCUCAAAUUUCAAUUCACCGACUCAACAGUUGGUCAGUCGUAGCGGUCAGAGACGUCAGUAUAAUCCUGCAGAGUACGACGACGAUGAUGAUGAAGAAGCAAAGAGAAUUAACCAACAACCAGAGGAAGAAGAAGAAGAGGGGGAGGAAGAAACAAUUAAUGAUAUAGAUGAAGAUAUUUCAAUGGAAGAUCUACAGAGAUAUGAGGAACAACAACUCAUGGAAGCAAUUAGAUUAUCAAGAGAACUUAACAAUAGUACUGGUAGUAAUAGUAGCUCCAAUACCACUGCAAGCAGUUCCAAUGCCACAGGAUAUUAUGAUGACGAGGAAGAUCUAGAGUUACAAAGAGCCAUCAACGAAUCAAUGAGACAACAGAAUCAUCAACCUAGUAAUAGACCACCAACACAAACAUCAUCAUCAUCACCAUCACCAUCACCUUCAUAUUCAUCAGCUUUGCGUAGACAGCAACAACAGCAACAGCAACAGCAACUACUACAGCAACAACAACAACAACAACAACAUCACUCUCAUCAUUCUCAUUCAUCAUCAUCAUCACCUAAUAGACAACAUUUCAGUGGUCAAACCAAUAGAUCAGUUUCAACAAGUAAACCACCAAAACCAAUCAGAAGGAAUGCUGCCUCACCUUCUUCUUCUUCUUCUUCUUCAAGUUCCUCAUCUUCACCCAAACCACCUUCUUCAGUCAAGAAGCGAGUUAAAGUCCGACAAGAUCUAAAUGAAUACUUUGAGGAGGAAGACACUACUCGCAACGAAUUAACUUCGAGUCAUGAAGAAGAGGAAGAGCAACUCUACAACGAUCCUGAACUUAGAGGUUAUCUUUCUCAGACAGAACAGAUGCGUAUUCAAAACGAACAGAAUAGAAGAGAACAAAAUCGACAAAUAGAUGAAUCCAGACGUAUUAGACAAGAACAAGAGAAAGAAUUCAAUGAUUCUCUACGCAAGGACCAACAGAAACAAGAGGAUGAAGAGUUGGCUAUCGCAAUGAAACUAUCAAUGGAGGCAACUGCAGAGGCACUCCUAAAUACAAAGAGAAAUAACUUGGCAGUGGACCCAUCGACUCUGCCUGCCGAUCAAAUCAAAGGUCGUGAGCGUGAAAUUUGCGAGAUCAGUGUAUGUCUACCACCAGAUGGUAAGCGUAUUACAAGAAAAUUCUUUGUCAAUGCGACACUACAGGCUGUACGUGAAUGGAUAGAGGUGUAUGUUCAUGACGAGGGUGACUCUCGUCAACUUCAAGAAAACUAUCAAUUGGUAACCACUUUUCCCAAAGAAAUUCUAUCAGAUGUAUCAAAAACAUUAUUGGAAUUGAAUCUCUACCCUAGAUCAAUAUUAAAUUUAAGUAAUCCAUAA